UGUUGUAGGUUACGGCCGUGCUCCCCGCCGAGGCAGGAGCAAGGUUGUCAACUGCACUGAAUAAUGGAGACAAAGACUUGCACUACUCUAGGGUUUACAUGAAGCUUUCGGAGAUUGUCGAGGGUGACUUCUUCAGUCAAUAUGUGAAGUCCGGUAGCUCUGGCGGCGUCAACAGCAGAGUAAACCCUUGUGCUGACUGCAACGUUAGGUAACAUUGUAAUGCUGUCGGAAGGAAGACCUGGAGUCGAUCGUACCUAUUCACUAUACGAGGGUGUUCUGCACCUUGAAGUGGACAAGCCCACGUUCGAGCGCAUGGGCGUGGCUGGUCACCCGUUGCCCAGCGGAGGCCGCAAGCAUGUCAAGGCUCGCUUCGGUAUGUUGUGCGUUGUGAUCUGCAGAACUACGCUAACGGAUUGCAAGCGAUUGAUAUCGACUUGCGGCUGCCUUCCAUGGUACGUGGCAAGCCCGCUUUCGAACGGAUCCUGUGGGCCUUUCAUAACGUGCUUGACCACAGCGUGGCCUGGCUCUUUUACGGCCGUACGUUACCAGGCGACGGAAGUAGGCCGAUCAACAUUCAUCAACCUAAGGAGGAGCGCGUGGAAGCCACCAUUGAUCAGCUAGAUGGCGGCACAAUGCCCGACUUUCCCAAUCUCGUGGAGGAAGCCGACUACAUCGACCUGACCGAAUUGCUCGAAUGGCUAACGCUAGCGGCCAACGGCUCACCGAGAAUGCUUAGCAGCGACAAGGGCGAUCAAUACCUUAGGCGCUAUGAAGGUCCGCCAUCGGCUCUCGGGAAGAAUGGCAGUACUGACAAGGCUCGUGAACUCAUGCUGUUUCGUUGGCAUGCUUUUGUGCCCGCAUCAUCUGCGCUCAAACUGUUCCUCACUGUUUUGAAGGCUGCAGCCAACGACUGGUUUGCAUUCACUGCCACAGCAUUUAAUGGCGGAGCAUACACCAUUCUCGGACAUGACGCUCUUGCGCUCAUAUGGGAGUAUACCGGUUGAGUGACUAAAG